AUGUCGCGCCCUUUAUCACACCGGAUCUACACAGAAGUCCUAUCCAAGUGGCCGAAGCAGGAGCUCCGUCCCGACUACCAGCUCCAAGAUGUAAUUCGCGCGACUAUAGACAAGCGAUUCCAGACCUACCAGCCCUCGAUGGAGGCCGAGGAGCUCUUCAAGGCACGAUCACUACAGUUUCUGCAGCAAAAUCGGUGGAACGAGAAGGCAUGCCAGAUGCUGAAGCCAAGCAGCCAGCCGACAUAUUUCGACGACCUGAUCCGCGAAAUCGAAGAAGCUCCGAAGAGAACUUGGUUCGAGCGCCUAGGAAAGAGACUUUCAGGCAUGAUCAGACUAUCUUAA